AUGCCUCGCCGUGUCACCGUGUUCCUCGUCGCCCUGCAGGUGUGGAGGACGAGCAACGCGGAGGAUGGCCACAGGUUCACGCUGUCCGCGUCGGGCAGCAUCGAGGACCCCACCCGGACGUUCUCCAUCGACGCGGCGUCGGGCGACGUCUACGUGCUCCGCGCCCUCGACCGCGAGCGCAACGCCACCCACCAGGGUCCCACCGUGAUGCUCGUCCACGUGCUCGACCAGAACGACAACCGCCCGCGCUUCCAGCAUGAGCCCUUCCACGCGCAGCUGCCCGAGCACGCACCCCGCGGUCACCACGUGAUCCACGUGGAGGCGGAUGACCCGGACAACCCGGAGACGGGGAACGCGGAGCUUCGCUACUCGCUGGGGCCUCCGCGCCCACCGCCCGCCAACCGCUCGGCCGUCAGCUUCGCCAUCGACCCCCUCAGCGGCGACAUCACGACGACCUCCGACCCGCAGCUGCUCGACCGCGAGGCGCUGGCCACGCUCACCUACGAGCUGGUGGUGAGCGUAUCGGACAUGGCUGGCGGAGACUCGGGCCUGGUGAGGAGCAGCACGGUCACCGUCACCAUCGCCGACAUCAACGACAACCCACCCGUCUUCCACCCGACCACGCGGUUCGAGGUGUCCGUGGAGGAGAACGUGGUGAGGCCUCUGCUGAACCUGACGGUGCGCGACGUGGACGAGCGUGGCAGCGCCAACUGGGAGGUCUCCUUCUCCAUCAUCAGCGGCGACACGGACGGCACGUUCAACGUGAGCACGCGGCCACACAGCAACCGCGGCAUCCUCGGCCUGGCGCAGCCGCUGGACUACGAGACGUGGCGCGUGCACGCCCUGCUGGUGCGCGCGGACAACCUGGCCCCACUGGUGCCCCACGUGCGCCUCCCCCACGCGUCGACGGCCACCAUCGUGGUGUCGGUGCUGGAUACCAACGAGCCGCCCGUGUUCCACCACGGGCCCAAUGCCACCGUGGUGGCGCUCCAGCAGGAGGGCCUCCGGCCGGGCGCCACGGUGGCGCGCCUCAACGCCAGCGACCCCGACCACGCGCAGCAGCAGAUCGUGCGCUACUCGGUGCUGAGCGACCCGGCUCGCUGGCUGCGCGUGGACGCCCUCUCCGGCGUCGUCACCACCACCGCGGUGCUCGACCGCGAGUCGGUCCACGUCAACCACGGCCACGACUACGAGGCCACGUUCCUCGCCACCGACAAUGGCCACCCGCCGGCGUCGUCCACGGCCACGCUGUUGCUGCGCCUCUCCGACGAGAACGACCACGCGCCCGCGGUGUCACCGGCGUGGGCGCUCGUGUGCACGGGGCGCGGCUCGCUCGCCAACCGCUCCCUCGCCACCCUCGUCGCCUCCGACCCCCACGACCUCCCGGGCAACGCGGGGCCGUUCACCUUCCGGCUGGGCCACCGCGCGCAGAGCGCGGGGCCUGCGCAGCGCCUCCUCGCCCUCCUCGGGGUGCCCACCGAGGAGGAGAAGCUGCGCCUCAGCUGGCGCCUCGACGUCGUCAACGAGACGCACGCCGACCUGGUGUCGCUCUCCGAGGUGUCCCGGGGCCAGCACCUCGUCCCCGUCAGCGUGGCCGACUCGGGCCGCCCGCCACAGACCACGCUGCUCGUGUUCAACGCCUCCGUGUGCUCCUGCUCACCGCCGGCGGCACGCUCGGGCGGCGCGGCGCAGCCCCUCGACUGCAGCUCGGGGGCCCCGGGGGGACCACGGCGGUUCACGCCACCCCUGCUCAGCUUCGGAGAUUUCGGCGUGUUUAUCUGCCAUCGAGAAUGA